AUGGCGCGACGGAGGCCCCCAAACCCGGAUUUCGACUACAACACCACGCCAAAGAAAGAAGAUGACUUCUUUGAUGGAUUUCAGAUCAUCGAUAGCGACACCAGACUCGAGCUCAAGGCGCGAUGCAAGAAGGCCUUUCUACAAAUCAAUCCCGACUUGGUAGCCUACUAUGGCACCGAUAAAGCUGCUCUUCAUAAGAAACACGUCCAGCAAAUGUAUCAAGCAUCUCCUGAGCUCUGCGAAUCUCCAGAGCCAUGGAAAAGACUGGCCAUAACGUGGUGGAUGACCCAGGCUCGGACCAGCGUACACAGAAGCAGACCCAACACAGAACACGGAAAGCGCAAGCGCUCUGUCAGUCUAAGCGACGACGAGACCCGGAUUUCGCCACAAAAGAGGACUAGAAGACGGCAGCCCGAGAAUGAAUACGAGGGAGACGCAUCUGUUGUAGAAUCGAUUGAACCAUUCAACAGCGACACUGUCAAACGAAUGCAGUCUCUGAGUUUGCAGCCGUCCCCAUCACCACAAGUACCGCGCCGAGCCAAGCCCUUUUGCGGACCCACUCAAAUCCGCUUUGCUGCACUUUCAUCAAAUGGUGUCAUCACAGACGACGAUAUUAUUGCGGAAAUCGAGAUGGAAGAGAUUUUGACGGAUUCAACAGUGUCGCGGGAAAAGCCUUCUGCGAUAACCACCAGUCUUGGUGAUUGCAAUGGGUUUUUCUUCAUUAGCAAGCUAUAUCUCAGUCCUAGGUCAAACCAACGAUUCGCCAUCACUCAUCCAGCAUUGCUAAGAACUGCGAUGAGAGAUUUCUUCCCCGGCUCAAAAGUCACAUGUACUACUUCACCAAUCCCAAAGGCGUGCCAAUCUGCCCCAGCGAUAUCUCGUCAACAGGACCUGAGCCAGGAUGAGUCUCAAGAAGAAAGGAUGAGCUUUCCAGACAAUAGGAUGGAGGGGCUCUGCCAGAGCUCGACGUUGGACUCUUCACAUCAACGCCGCUCGCCAAAAACGAGGCCAUUAAAGAGUCCCGGCCGGAUCUGGAAAUCAAAAACACCAGGCCAGUCAAAUCACCAAGACGAUCUCAUUGGGGUGCAUGGAGGUCUGGGCCAAUUUAGUCCCACUCGACGCUCCGAACAAAUAAAUCAAGAUCACGGGGAAGCUUUACACCGCCACCCAGAUGGAGAGCAGCGAACAAGCUCGCCUAUUCCCCGUUUCGGAUCGGCUAGUCUUGAUAGCCCGCCCGCUUUGUCAAGCAACGAAGACGGAACUAGGGACGAGGCUGUGAUGGACAACCAUGAUCAACACCAUCACGCGGACACGAGCGACGAGUUCAUCCAAGGCUCUCAGCACUCGGGAACUCAUGCGUGGACUCCUAUAAACAAGUUGACUUGGCGGUGCGAUGACAACAACGAGCAACAAGAACCAAAUAACCAGAACAAUACACACACUGACUCUGGAACCACCUCUACACCGACCGCCAGGAAGAACACCAGUUCAUCGACUAUCGAGUAUGGCCCAACCACGCGCCCAUCAAGUCUAUCUUACCACAAGCCCAUAGGCAGUGAGAUGACGGAUCUUAUUGUUAUCAGCGACAACGAACCCGAUAGCUCAACGCGCAGCUCUAGUCCGCAGAUAGUCACACCAGUAUUGGACACCAGGCCACCAGAGAUACACUUUGAUGAGGACGCAGAUAUGGAACCAGACGAAGAGCUCGAUGCAGAUGCCCAGGCUGAGGCUGCGGCCUUACAAUACACUCUCUCGUCUACAAAGACGGUCACAGCAAAGAAGUGCGCCGCGAGAAUGGAUCUAGACAUAUUCAAACGCGCCGCAGAGAUUUUUCAGUCACCCUUGGCACACUUGCAAACCACAAACGGGGAGCCGCGCGUCCAGGUACCAGCUAGCGUGGGACUAUCGCCCGGCUACAGAGCCUUCCCUCACCAGUUCUCCGGUGCUGUCGAGAUAUACAUGGAUGUGUUUGGAGAAAAGCGUGGCUGUAUCUUUGCCGAUGAGAUGGGGUUCGGCAAGACGCACACAACACUGUUGACUUACUGGCUCAACUUCAUGGCAGUGGCUCAGGAGCACAGCAAUAUCAAGCCCAAAUUUCCCACCACAUCGAAUGGCACCAUUCAUGGUACUCGCCCUCGUGUUGGAGCUACCUUUAUAUCAGCCAGCCCACAGGGGCUCAAGGUGUGGCCGCAGGCUUGGCGGGACAUAUUCCACAACAGUGGAGUAUGGAAGCAAUUCCCAAAAGCUUGGCGUCCGAAACUCGUCAUACUGCAUGGAGAUGGCGCAAGAUAUGCCACAGAGUUUGGUGGAGAGGAAAACGGCAUCUAUUCAAGAAUGAGUCCACUGGAGUGGGCGGAGAUAUUACCACGCCCAAACUGGGACAGGUCUCGUGAGCCAACACACCCGCCGAGCAAAAGCUUUGAUUGGAAUUUCACAGAGCCAUGCAACUGGCCAAGGAUAGAUGGAGCUACGGAACACCAACCUACCCCGAGCAGCACUCGGUAUGUCAUUGUGUUGACAAACCAAUCAUGGAGAAAGCAUAUUACGUACACAUGGCAGCCGAAAAAAGCCAAUAGGGUGUUGGAGAUGGAAUUGGCGCAUCAUACCAACGAAAAACAGAGGAAGCCAACACGACAAAAGAUGCAACAGGAGAUUGACUCGUGGUUCCGAAGCACAAGUGGUGGAAUUGAUGGCACUGGGCCUACCCAGGCCCGACGCCGUGUCAAACUCAGCAGCAAACCGCCUACAUCAAAUUGGAGGAUUUGCGAUUUGGCCUAUGCAGCCUGGGUAUUCAUUGACGAACUGCAUGCAGCCAGUUCUAUAAACACGCUUACUUAUACCGAAGUGGUUGACGCCUUUCGACGCAAUCGCCAGGAACGUGACUGGCCAGGCGUCACGGGGAUCACAGGCUCAGCUCUGGCAAACGGCAUCGAUACAACCAUAACAUUCGCGGCCAAAGCCCUCAAGCGCCAGAGGCCAAGACACGACGCCGUCCAGUCUCUGUCAAGGCUCGACACUUCCCAAUUUUCAAAAGCGUGGAAAGAGACGCAGAUGAUUUUCAAGAGUUCCAUGAAGAGGCUCCCCCAGAGGAGACAACAUUGGACCGAGAAUGCAAUAGCUCGACAGCCAGCCAUCAGAGACAUGAAUCAGUGCUUUUCUCGCAUUACUCAGCGUUUCUUCAUUCUACGAGAUUACGAUACCGAGAGCCCAUGGGGGGAGAGGCUGAAAUUGGUCAACGCAAAACUAGACAUCAGAUACCAGGAAAUUCAGUUUACGCAAGGAUCCCACAAUACGCUCAUCGCAUGGGAGGAGAAAGUACGAGCGGCUGUCGAAGGGAAAUGGAAAGAUGCCAAGAGAGAAUGGGAGGAGCAAGGGUAUUCUGGCGAGAUGCCUCGACAGCCAGCUAUCGACAAGGCCGAUCCAGCUGCGUACAUGACUGCACGAAUUCUUAGCAGGCAUCAGUGCGAGUGGGGCGAGGCACUUGGUGGUAGCAAUCCAGUCAUCACACACGCUUUACAAUCAGACGAGAAUAUCCGGGCCUCUUUUCUAUGGGACAUUGCCAAGUACGCCUGCCAAGGAUCAGCCAAGAUGGAUUUCAUCCUACAUGAGGCCAGGUCCAUGGUUGGCCAGCAGACUACCAUCUCUCACCCCAACCCAGUCAGCUACCAGAAAAAGUACGUGGUGGCUAGUUCCUUGCGGCUAGCGCGAGCUUUGGUAUGGUGUCGAUUAGUACAAGAAUUCGGAGACAGGAGCGUAGUCAGCGUCACCAGCUCCAAGGAUAGAAGAGUCCUUGUCCCGCUCUGGCAAGACAUUCAUGGUCCGGUAUGGAUUAUGGUUGCUGGUUUACAAGUCAUCUGUCAAUCUAUUACGCUGGUUGAAGGAAGUCUUCUCCAUGUUCUGGAGCCAACACCAAUAAACAAUGACGCGGUACAAGCAGCCAAUCAACAGUACCGAAUAGGUCAACAGCAGCCAGGGGUGGAGGUUAGGUGGUUGGUACACAAAGACUCGUUUAUUGAGUCAAAUAUGGCGAAGAGGAACGAUAUAAAGAAUCGAUUUGCAGAGGGAGUCAAGGGCUCUACAAUCAAGGACAAUGAGACAAUGUAUUCAAUGGAGGAAGAUGACAUGGAAGUCGAGGGCUAA